AUGACCAGUGAAACGUUCUUCAGCUAUGUGUGUAAUAGCUUAUUACCUUUUUUGCAAAGUAAAAAUGUUAAGUUACCUAUAUUAUAUAUACUCGAUGGACAUAAAUCCCACCUUACUUAUAAUUUGAGCAAGUUUUGUUCUGAUAAUGGCAUUUUUCUCUAUGCACUUCUUCCAAAUGCGACACACAUUUUACAGCCGGCCGACGUGUCCUUAUUUGCCCCAUUAAAAAGUAAAUGGAAAAAGGUAGUUUUUGACUGGAAAAAAGCUAAUAAUAACAAAAAUCUUACUAAAGCAACUUUUCCAUUUUUAUUAGAAAGUACCGUACAAUCAAAUCGGAGAAGAUACCAUUAAAAAUGGUUUUAGAAAGUGUGGAUUGUAUCCAUUUAAUGUAGAUGCAAUAGAUUUUACAAAAUGUAUGCAGGAUGUUUCGCGGACUUUAGGAAAUGAAUUUGAAACAGAAAAAAUCAAGCCAACUACCUUUGACGUGCCACAUUUUCUAUAUUUCGAUUCACUUAUUCCAAAGAAAAGACGAGAGGAAUUUAAAAAAACAGAAAGGGGAGAAUGGAAGGGCGAUGAGUCAGCGAAAGAAUUAUUCUAUAUUUGGAGAAAAUUGAAGAGUAGAUGUCAAGAAGAAUACAAUGAAGAAAGAGACAAUAACACACGAUUAGAGGACGAAGCCAUUAGUAAUAUAUAUGCUGAAGAACAGAUUGAAGAGAAUAAAACUGAAAUACAUGAAAAUAGCGGUAAAACUGAAAACCAAAUAUAUAAUACCGAAACUGAAGAUAAAGAAAAUAGCAAUGAGAAAGAACUGGAAGAAACAGAAUAUGCCCAAAUUAUAAACUUAACGGAAACAACUUCAGAACAAAAAGAUGAAACAGGAAAUAAAAAAAAUAUAAAUAUUUUAAGUGACGUAAUUGUACAAAGGCCAGUAACUCCGGUGCCACUACGACAGUCCCAAAAAAGAAAUAUUAGUGCUGCCUUUUUGGACCAUAUAUUUUGGCCAGAAGAGUCACCUGAAAAGAAGGUGUUUACAAGAAAAGAAAAACUUCCUUAUGCCACUACUUCACUUAAAUGGUUGCAGUACCACGAAGAGAAAAUAAAAGUAAAAACUGAAAAAGAAAGAGAGAAACAAGAGAAGGCAUUAUUGAGAAAGAAGAAACGAGAGGAAAAAUUAAAAGAAACUGAAGAAAAAAAAUUGGCGAAAAAAGCAAGUGCUAAAAAAUCUAAAACAAAAGUGAACACAGAGGAAGACACAGAUAGUUCAGAAGAAUGUGAUGAAUGGCAGGAGAGUGGCUCAAGUCUAGAUGAUAUUUCAGAACAUUUUAGUAGUGACACUGAUGAAAAUGAGCCACUUGUCAAUGAGGAAAAAAAUGUCAUCAUAACUAUGUUUGCUCUGUACAAAAUAUUUAUGAAACAUCUGAGGUGGAAGUACAAGCUUUUACUCCAAUAGAAUCAAGUAAGUCUUUUUUCAAAGUAAUUGAAAAUGAUAUUAGCGUUGUAAAUGCUGAACAACUUGUAAAGAAACUAGAAAAACCAAAUGUUAUACCAAGUGGAAAUCCCAUCAAAUUCAAGUUUUCUAAUGACGUUAUUUGAAUAUUAAAAGAAUAAAAAUAAAUCCAAAAAUUAGAAUAAUUUUCAAAUCAAUAAUGAAAUGUUUCAUUAAUAACAAGUUUUGUAAGCUUUUAUUUAAAAAUUACUCUGUAUUUUUUUAAUAAACAUUAUGUAGUUUUGCUUAAAACUUAAUUUUAUUUAAUCCUAUCAAGUGGUCCACUACUGGGUAAUAUUGCGGUCAAAUACUGGUUUUCCUUGGUCAAUUACUAGAGAUUUGUGACUUUUUUUAUUCAUAAUUUUUUAUUUAAUAAAAAUAAUUUAUUUUUUCAAUGUUUUACAGACUAAACGGAAUCACAAUACAUGGGUCUGCCCUCGUGUAUUUUUAAAUUUCGUAAAAAGUUUAACGUCUUGUCACUAUAAGUCUUUCUGAACAAAAAAACUCUUAACUGGUCAAUUAUUGGUGCACUGACCCUAACGUUAAUCAAAAUUAAUUGAUAAAAAUUCAGAUUAAAACAGGACAUACGUAAUUUUUUGCACGGCUAGCUUUGAUCCAAUAAUUGUGUAUCGCUCGUUAUCUUGAGUUGUUUAUUAAAUAAUAUUGAUAGUGUAUUGGCUAAAUAAUUUUAGACGUAAAAUUAAUAAAAAGUUAUUUAUUGUUUAUUAUUUAUGGAAGAUCCCAAGCAGAGACUACACCAGGAUAUAUAUUGUGAUAUAAGCAUUUUGUUGUUAAAGAUAUACAAAAUUUAUCUAAGCGUUCCAUAGUAACAAUAUAUUAUUAAAAAAAUCACUUUUCCUCUUUUCUCGAUUAAGUAUUAUCUUUUAUGGCAUAGUAUAUAAAUUAUUAUAAUCACUGAAUACAUAGUUAGUGAAAAAUUAUGAUAUUAAUUAAUUGAAUUAAUAAUUUAAGCGAUGAUACAAGUAACAGUUAUCCAAGAACAUUCAAAAGUCAUCUCAAGUUAAUGGUGACAAUGUCAUUGUCAAGUAAUGUUUAUGUACGUAUCCAUACCAGUGAAAACUUUACUACAUAUAAUUUGCCGUGUAAAAAAAGAAAAAGUAGAGAUAGCCGUAAAAUAUUUGCGCCUGUGCUCUUAAAUAAUUUUUUUACAUAUAAACAAAAUAAAAUCAAGCAAUAAAAUGUUUAACAACAAAAAAGUCAAUAAUAUGUAAUAACAAUAUACGCUAUUAAUUCCAUUUUCGAAGUUGCCACAAUAUAUUUUAUAAUUUCAUUUAUUUCGUACCUACACCACUGGUAAAAUGGUGAUUUUUUAUGUUACUUUUAAUUUUACAUGUAAAUUUUUCUCAUUUUAUAACUUAACCAUGUAAUUUUAAUUAUGUAAUAAGGUACAUUGAAGUGUUAAUUUUCAAAUUAUUAACCGUUUAAGAGGCAAUAUCUAAGAAUAUAGGAGUAUUUAUUGAAUUUUCAUCUACGCACACAUAACAGAAAUAUUUAUUUACCUGUAUGUAAUUCCCACUUAUUUCCUGCUGCUGUCGCUUUUACAACCGUAAGCCGAACACAUCACCACUAUAAAGAGUUAAAAAAAUUGCUAGUUUUCACUCAGAAAUCACACAAAAAUCACUGAUAAAACAAGGGGUGUCAAAUCUCAAUGAGAACCAACCGUAUUAAAAUAAGGAUUCACUUUCGUUCGAAAAACAGAUUGCGUGUUAGAUCUCCAGAGAGGGUAAAAAAUUGUCCAUACUCUAAGGUAAAUAGAUACCAAUAACGUAUGACGUAGAUAUAUUAAUAUUAUGUGACACGUGACAGAAGCUCGAAACAAAUGACUGUGAAUGAAAAGCCCUAUGACCGCAAAAUGAUAAUACGUAUUUUUGCUGGUUCCAAAUGUGUUUUUGUGCAGUUGUGUACUAAUAUCAUUUCUUGUGACCGAUAUCAUCCUGAAUAAAACUUAAUAUAAACUUGAA